AUGCAAGAGGUAUCAAUCUUCAACAAAUAUGAUAAGGUGCAGCAGCUUCAUAGCGAAAGAACUGAAUGGACCUUGCGUGUUCGAGCUCAAGCUGUCUGGAAAGGGAUAAAUAGACAAACCCAAGAAUUUCGAGGUUUAAAUGUGAUUUUCAUCGAUGAUUCGAACUGGAGGAUUCAUGCUUUUGUCAGUGCAAAGAUUAGUGUCUUCUUUGAUGAUAUCCUUAAAGAAGGGGUCAUCUACACACUGUCAAAUUUUCAUGUUAGAGACUACGGGACUGAGGAAAAAAAAAGGGCAGUUAGAUUUGGAAAGCACAUUUACUUUGCAAAUCACACACAGUUGGUUCCAGAAGUUGAUAACAUCACCAACAUAGCUCCUUAUGCUUUUGAUCUAUUUCUAAUUGCUGAUGCAAGGACUAUGCUUUAUGAUCCUCGCUUCUUGAUUGAUACUGUUGGUAAACUGGAAGACAAAAAUAUCGAAACUGUUCACUCCAAAGAGGAUGAGAAGAAAGUUCAUAUCCGCUUUAGGAUUUCAGAUGGGAGGUCAUCUAUCAAUGUUACCUUUUUCGGUGAUUUGGCUGUUCAAUUUGAGAAAUCUGUGAAAGAAAUCAAAGAUGCUGACAUUGCAGUAAUAAUAUCAAGUGCCAAGGUUAACGAACACGAAGGAACUAUAUGCCUCAACAACUAUCCGGCUACUAGGUUCUACCUUAAUGCAAAACAUCAUAGUGUCACAAAACUGUUUAAAAGAAUGUCUGAUCCUGCAUACUGUGUGAAUACUGAUGAACCUUUGCUGGACCAUACCCCUCCACUGAUUUCAGUUGAAGAUAUAAAAAAAUUAACCAAGGAUUUUAUUGAGAAAAAAGUAAGGUGCCAGAUUACUGUUAAGAAGGUUGAUGAGAAGAGUAAUUGGUAUGACAAUGUUUGUAGUACAUGUGGAGUUGAGGUAACAACCGUUGAUGGACGAUAUCGAUGUGUCCUCUGUUCUAGGAAUGUCCCAUUUCCGGACAAAAGGUUCCGGAUUGCUACACUUUGCAAUGAUACUACUGGGCUCAUUGCCAUAGUCUUUCCUGAUGAUGAAAUCCAACGAAUCAUAGGAAAGAAUGCCUUCGAAUUAGAAGAUGAAGUUGGAGAUGAGAAAAAAUUCCCUACUUUGCUGAAGAAUUUCGAAAAAAAAGAUUACGUCAUUACAUUAACUAUAAGUGAGAGGAAUGUUAACAAAAUCAGCAACAUAUACACAGCUACCGACAUUUCUGAUCCUAUUGAAGUGUUAGGAAACCACAGCCCCACUAAUGAAGCACUGGUGACCCCGGCCAAGGAUCCAGUGGUUAAUCCUGCAAAGGCACCAAUCGUUCAGAACUGUGACAACAUUACUGCAUCUGAAAUUCCAUGCAGCCUGUCUACUAAAAGUAGCCCGCCUACAGCUACCUCAACAAACAAACAAAGGAGGAACGACAAGAAAAAUGAUGUUCAGUAUGAAUUGGAAGAUGAUGUCCCUAUUGGAAAAUUCAAAAUUCAGAAAACAGAUAAGGUGAUAAUCGAAUACUGCAAUAUUGUGGUUCUUGCUUUUGCGGAUAAUUCAUAUUUUUUGUUAAUAAAAUUCCUCACACUUAGGUCUGAUGGUCGUGCCUCUUCUGAAUGGUGGAACCUUGAAACCUGA